CCUCAGAAGGGUAAGAUGUUUCACUUGGCCUCUAAUAAAGAAACUGUAUUAGCCGAACUUUGGGAUUGGGCCAAGAAAAUUACUUCAUUACCUAUUGAGAAUCAGAAAAGUGCUUCACUUAUCUACCAUCUCAGAAAGGAUGUACAAGGGAUUGUUUGUGCUCUCAAGACCGAUUUUCAAGAACUACAAAUCAAGGAAUAUCAUGGUAAAUCUGAUCCUGAGGAAAAGGCUCACGAUUUUAGCAAUUUUGAGCAGGCAUUCUGUCUUUUUAAUAGCUUCAUAGAAAUAAAUGCCAGAACAAAUCAGAUGUUAUUCCGCAUACGAUAUAUUAAGGAUUAUAUAUGUCAUAUUGAACAAAGAUCAUCUAAUAUUCCCAUUACAGAGAAAGGAUUAUUCCAAUGGUUGUUGAAUACCAAACGAGAAUGCCUUUCUCGAGAACUUCAAAAUAGAGGAAUUUUUCCAGAUCACUUAUUUGAUUGGAGAAUAGUUAAUUUUUUUCGAAAAGCGGUUGUGAAGGUGAAUUCCAUUACCGUUAAAGUAGAGGAGAUAUCAGCAAUAACUAAUGCUACUAUUGUUAAUCGUAAGACUGCUGAAUUUUGGAAAACAAGCUGA